CUCUCGUACUCCACCUCUCUCUUUCUGCAAAAAUUUAUGUUACGUCAGGAGUACUCCGUAACGCGCCACGCGGAAGGUAGGAUCCGAGCCUGUGGUUACCAGUUUGAAAUGAGUAGCAUUUUCUGAAAUUAAAGUAGGUGCAGUUGUUGGAGAAAGCUGAAAGGAAUCAUGGAUUAUCCUGCUCCAGGUGAUCUCCCUAGGCUUAGCUACGGAUAUGAUGAUGAACACGAACGUGAGUAUGCAAGUCCAACGAGCCGAGGGUACCCUCAUCAUGUUCAGUACGGCAGUAACCGGGCUAGCCCAGUUCAUCAGUUUAGGGAAGACCAAGUUACAACACACGAUUUUGUAGAGAAAACAGAAAAUGGAAAAAGAAUACCACCACCGAGACCACCGCCGCCUCGACAGAAAAAGAGGACAUUCACAGAAGAAGAGAAGAUAACGAAGGAGUUAACGGCCCAGCAAAUCAGAUGGUUUUACAGGGAUGAUAGGACUAAAAAGUGGUGUCCGUUUAUCGGAUACGAUUCCUUGCAACUUGAAUUUAAAUAUCGCAAGGUAUAUGUUCAUGGUGAACUUGGAGAGGCUGUGGUAGAUAGGAUUGUAGUUCGAGGUGGACUUUAUGAAGUUGAUAUAACUGAGAAAAAAUGUUAUACAAUUUACUGGACAGCUGAACCAGCCCAUGUGAUGCGAGGGGUGUGGUACUAUAGCAACACAUCUGAACCCUUGGACGAUGACCUCGUCAGAGAAAUAGAACGCAAGCAUCUUUCGCAUUUCAGAGGACAAAAGAUAUCACAGAUGUCUGAAUUGCAAGAUGCAAGUAAAGGACCAAAGCCAGUUAUUUGCAGUCUUCAUUUUAAAGAUUGCCAUGUGGAUUGGAACUCUGUAAAUGAUGUGUUUUUAUACAGUGAGUCAGCUAGCUCCAGACUUGCCAGAUCCAUAGGACAGAGUCUUGGUUUCUCUAAAGCAUCUACCAGUGGUUACCGUUUGCAAAGAGGCUACCCUAAGGAGGCAAGGCUAGAGGAUAAGCCACCACCAAUAUCACAUCUAGUGUUAGUAGUACAUGGUGUUGGACAGACCAUGGAGGCAUCAAAUAUUACACGCAGUUGUUCAGAUUUACGACGAGGAGCCAAUAAAAUCAUAGAGAAGCUAUUUCCAGAUCUAACCAGUAUAGUUUCGACAGAUAGGGUGGAGUUUCUUCCGGUAGAAUGGAGGUCAUCUCUUUUCCUGGACGGAGGUCUCAUUGAUGGUCUUACGCCCAAUAGGUUGAAGAAUUUACGAGCAGUUCUUAACAGCACUGGUCUAGAUCUUCUCUACUACCAAAGUCCACUGUACAGAUCUGAGAUACUUAAGAAACUUCAGGAGGAGCUCAAUAGACUGUACAAUCUAUUCUGCCAUCGAAAUCCAUGGUUCGAAGCAAACAAUGGAAAAGUUUCGAUCUUUGCUCAUUCCCUUGGGUCUGUGAUUACGUAUGACAUAUUAACAGGGUGGAACCCGAUUCACUUGUACGACCAAUAUCUGUCACAUGAGCAAGGCCAGCACCCCGAUUUAGAAACUGUUGGACCGGCACACAAGGAACUUGCUGUUAAAUUAGCCAAAGCUAGGAAAAGGGUUGUGGAACUUGAAGAAAAGCUCCUUGCAACCAAUCAGAUUGCAGCUUAUGAGAAUGCUCCUAAGCUCAUAUUUAAGGUUGAGAAUUUGUUCUGUGUCGGGUCACCUCUGUCAGUGUUUCUUGGAAUGCGGGGUAUACGCCCUCAUGGGAAUGGGUCAAUCGACCACAUCUUACCGCACGGAGCCUGUAAACGUCUCUUCAACAUUUACCAUCCAUCAGAUCCUGUGGCCUACCGGAUUGAACCCCUCCUGUUAAAGCACUACACCACCAUUAUGCCUCUACAAAUCCACCGCUGGGAAAGUUCCAAGCAAGUGCCCUAUGAUCAGAUUCAAGCUAAAGUGUACCCAAAAGUUCUCAAGAAUGGCGGAAAAGAGAUGUCACCAAAGUCAAAUAUGUCAGACACUUCUUCUCGUAGAAGCUCAUCUUCAGAGGCUUCAUCAUUGGAUGGCCGAUGCGAGACAUCAAUGGAACCUCCGCUGGCCCCUCAAUCUCCUCCCGCCUCAUCUUCCACUUCCUACUCACUCUCAUCUCAAUUGUCGGACACAUUAUCAGGUGGUUUUGGCAGCAUCAUGGCUAGAUGGUCGAAACCUGAUGAGAAGCCUGCAGAGAGAGAAGCUUUAGAAGACCUGGAGAAAGUGUUGAUGAGGAUCGAAAACAUGGAACCCCCACCACCUAUAGUAGAAACACCUGAGGAUGAUACUCACGAGUUUGAUCAUGUUGAACUUGAGCAUCGACUUGAUUUUGAGUUGAAAGAAAGUAACUUUAGCAAUGGUUAUAUCUCAGCUUUGACAUCGCACACAUCCUACUGGGGGUCACUUGACGUCGCCCUCUUUGUACUCUACCAUCUGUAUCCAGGUUACUUACGAACCAAGGAGGAACUAAAAGCUAUGAGCAAGUGAGCAUCGGAAACUCUUCAUUCACAAGCUUUAAUUGUAUGUUAUGGAUGUAGUGUACAAAAAAAAAUGUUUUGAUAGAGACAAAGGGAUGCAGUGAGGACCUCUUCAAGACAGUUUUAUGAUGCAUUUUUUGCCAGAAGAAUUUUUAAAAUACCUCAAAAAUUCAAUUAAAAAUUUGAAUAGCUCAUUUAAAUGAAUCAAAUAAGUUAUUAACUUUCAACCAGAAACAAAAAAAAAGUUAGUUUUUCGCUGUUUUAAGAGGAUUAUAUCAUCAGCAACUCAGUUAAAAGUAAGAGAGCAAUAGUCUGUCCACCCUCUCAAGUAUUCUUUUAAGAAUAUCUGUGGUUUGUCCAUAUUUGGGUAUGAUGAUGUCAUAUUACGCCUAUAUUUGGGCUGAUCUCAAGUAUUUUUGUAACAUAAAUUUGAUAGUGUGGACAGAGUAUUAGAUAUUGCAGCUGUUUAGUAUUAAAAUAGUCUAAAUAUUUAACAGUAAUUCCUAACUACUGUGGGAUAUAAUAAAAUUCAUCAUACGAGUUUUCACAUGUUGUGUUAAAUAAACUAUGUGGUGAAGCUCUACGGGUAGAAUCUUGCAUGUUAUAACAUAUGAAAUGUGAAAUAAACUAUCUCUACGGGUAGAAUCUUGCAUGUUAUAACAUAUGAAAUGUGAAAUGAACUAGAUUUUUGUUUACUGACAAAUCUUUAUUUAAAAAUAAAAAAUACAGACAACCACCCAUGAAGGGAAUGACUAAUAGUUAAGAAGACACCUAACAUAUUGUGGAAACAUUUGUCACCUUGCGACAAUAUAAAGUUGUGUAUAUCAAAUAGAAUUACGUUCUGAACAUUACAUACAAGAUUUGUUAUAUAAUUCCAUUUUUUUCUCGAUCUUUGUUGUUGAAUUUUUGUGUUUGUUACAUUUUGCCACCUUUCAUGACCCCAUCACGUUUUGUGACAUUAACUAUUCUCGAAUCAUAAACGCGAAGUUCUUACCGAAAAAUAACUUACUGUAGUGAUAUGAAGUACAGGGAUAUUCUUGUAGCAUUUUAAUGCUAUAAGAAGAUGCUACUGUAUAUUUAUUAUAAACUAUUAUUUUGAUAUUAAUUUUAUUGUAAAAUAGGCAAUAUUGGUACUUACCAUUUAUUGGUAUGUUUCCCGUGUAGACCAUAAUACAAUGAUCUGUGUAGCAUGAGCUCUUGAUGUUUUUUCUCCAAAGAUGAAAUUUAACAAAUGAAUACACGCAAGCCCCAAACACUCAUGUUUACAUAAAUUUGCGUUGUGGUUUACACUGUUUUGUGGGACCUAAGCAUCAAUAUCAGGGACAGGGCUUAGCAGAAAGUAGACUGGGUUCCAGUCCCUAAAUUUUGUCUUAAGCAGUAAAAACCAACGGCGUUCCAUAUUACCUAUUUGCUUGGCGUUUCAUAGUAUACUUUUUCUUGGAUUUCUAAUUCGUAUCAAAAAAGUUUCUCGACAUAAACUAACGCUGGUGGCGCUUUCCGAAGUGUGCUAAUACUACGAAAAAUCAAGAAAUUAGAGACUUGUGGCAAGUCUAAGCACAAAGGUUCAUUAUGACGCUGUGGUAUAUGAAAUAUGUUUUAGGUUUUAUAGCUUUUCCUAUUAUUGGUGUGCAAUAUUAAGUUGUCAACUGAAUGCCUGUGGAAACAAGAAUGUGAAGAUGCUAAAAAUAUUGUGUUUGUUUAGUUCAUUUAAAGAUAAAUUUAGCUUAUUGUAAUAAAUAUAACUUAGGCCUAUGCCAGAUUGUUUAUUUGUAUGUAUCAUUAAUACUUAUAUUUAUAUAUAACAAAUUUUUGUGUAUUACAUAAUUUACAUAUUAUAUAUGCAUCACUAACCAAUCACGACUUCCUUAAUAAUGUUUAUUAGUUUAUGAGUAAUUGCAGUAACUGGAUACUGUUUCUGUAUUGAAAAUUGUAAAAGGAUCGUAUUAUUAGUUUGUGUUUGUUGCAGACAAUUGACUUGUGCUGAUAACAAUCUGUUGAUUAAUUCUGAUAUUUUCUAUGCAAAAUCACAAGAUAUAUUAAUAUCAAUAUAUAUCAAUCAAUAUCUGUAUUUUGUAAUUGUAUAUAACAUGUAUACACUAUACAAAUUUAUUUGAAACAUUACGAUAAACCAUGCAUAUGAUUUUUAUGUUGUUUCUUGUGGGUUUACCACAUUAAAUGGCGGUUAACAAUGUCGCUGUUGAUUUGGUGGAUACAUAGCAUGAAAUUAAAUUAUAAAAGAAUAUAUGGUACGAAUGUCACCUCUUUAAAUUUGCAAUAUUUAUACCUUUUUUUGUUCAAGUCAAUAUAGCCAUCCAAAUAGAAAGGCAUCCUAUUUUAAUGUUUUUAGCAGUAUUUAGUAUUUUAAUUCAUGAAACGUGCAGUAUUAUUAUUAAAUAUAAUGUAAAUUUUUUUAUCGCAUGGAUUCUUAUGAUAGGAUAAAGUAUUUCCAUGUGUUUCAAUUGUGUGAAAUAUUUUGUAUUAAAGCUAAAGACAAGUUAUAUGACAAUUAUUACAUUAAAGUGUGUCUAAUGAUAAUUCAGUAGUGACUGAAAAUCUAUUUUUUAAAUAAAAAUAAACAAAAAUGAUGAAUGCAUAAAAAUUAGCAAUUAGCUAACAAUAAUUGGCAACAAUAAGCUUGCUUGUAUUUUUAAUUAUUUUUUUUUUAAAGAUUCUGUAAAGGCAAGCCCUGAAAUUGUCACUUACUACCAAUUGUUAUGUUCGUGCUGAUUGUAGCGCAUGUAUACAAGUUAGAUAUCUGUUUGCCAUAGGAACCAGUCAAAUGGAAAACUAGUUCAGUAUUUAGCAGUCAUAUGGCACAUUGUUUAUAAACAAUACUGUGAAACCAAAAAUUAUUUUUGGCGUUAUAUAGCCGCAUUACUGGAACAGACACCAAUAAAAAUACAAAUUUAUUAAGAGUAUAAAAAAUAAAUAUAAAAAACCAUUGCUCUAAUGUAACUAGGCUUAAUUAUGAUGUUCCAUGAUUGUACACCUGUAUAUCACAUUACUACGUUCGUCUAUGUGAGUAACAGAACAACAGAAAAUUACGAAAUUAGGAUAAUUUUUUGAAACAGGAACAUUUGAUAAAAGAAGCAAAAAUUGAAUGUAAAAAAGUUUAGGGAAAGUUUUUCAAGCAUAAUUAUUAUAGUCAAACACACUGAUGAUUAUUAAGGAUACCAAUAUAGUGUAACUGUUAUAUUAUGUGCAGUUGUGUGAAUUAUACCUAAAUUAAACUGGUUUUUUACAUGCAAGAAUAUACUCCGUAUUAGGCCUGUAAUAAGUACCAGAUUAUAUAUAAGUCCAACAGAAAGGAUUUCAGAAGUAGGCCUAUGAAAUUUGGUUUAUUCUAUUCCAAAGUGAUUGUGUUGAUACUGUUUUGUUGCAUUUUUUGAAAAUAAAAUGAAUCAUUAAUAAACACGA